AUGGCUACCGUGAGAUCGGUCGCGCGGCUGGUCGCCAACCGCCGCUCCCCCUUCAUGCCCAUCGGAGCGACCGCAAACUUCUCUUUCUCUGCGUCCCGCGCUGCCACCCCAGCGGGACCCCCUCACCCCAGCUUCCGUCUGCCUGCGCCCAAGCGCUGGGAUCAGGGUUCCGAGUCCUCCAUCGACAAGGCGUCCAAGUACUUCCUCAUGGCCGAGCUGUUCCGCGGCAUGUAUGUUGUGCUGGAGCAGUACUUCCGCCCACCGUACACCAUCUUCUAUCCCUUCGAGAAGGGUCCCAUCUCUCCCCGUUUCCGCGGAGAGCACGCUCUGCGUCGCUAUCCCACCGGCGAGGAGCGUUGCAUUGCCUGCAAGCUUUGCGAGGCCAUCUGCCCGGCCCAGGCUAUCACCAUUGAGGCGGAAGAGCGCGUGGACGGAAGCCGCCGGACGACCCGUUACGAUAUUGACAUGACCAAGUGCAUCUACUGCGGUUACUGCCAGGAGAGCUGUCCCGUGGAUGCUAUCGUCGAGACCUCCAACGCCGAGUACGCCACCGAGACCCGCGAGGAGCUCCUCUACAACAAGGAGAAGCUGCUCGCCAAUGGCGACAAGUGGGAGCCCGAGAUUGCCGCGGCUGCCCGCGCUGAUGCUCCGUACCGAUAA